CAGUUGGGGUUUUGAGUUUUUGAGUUUUGACCACUUUUUCUGUCUAUAUAUUCUCUGGUUUUUACUUUUUGCUUCUGCUUUGGCUUGUUUCUCUCCAGUUUUGUAGCUUUUUUGUGUUUGUUUUGUUUGUAGUUCAGAUGUUUUAGAGCUGUUUUUGUGUGCAAAACGGAGCAAUGGGCACUUUCCCGCUUGAAACCAGACAUAGAUUGCCUGCAUCAAUUAAACUGCAAAGAAGCAAAGUGAAAGAUCUGGAAAAGCCCUUAAACUUAUCAACCCAUGAAAGAUUUACAAGAUGCAGGCUUCCUCUCUUGAAACUUGUUCUUCUGUUUGCUGUUUCCGGCACUUUUGUCACACUUUUAUACUCUCCUGAUGUAAACAACCACAUAUCAAACACAGCUUCAGGGCAAAAGUUUGUGAAUCGGUGGAUAUGGGGCGGCCUGGAUCUUCGAUAUGUAUCUCGUCUCGACAUUGUUUGGAACGAUGUCGUUGAAGUUCUUGAUAAGUUAGGAGACAAAAAGGAGUAUCAAGGCAUUGGGCUCUUGAACUUCAACAAGAGUGAAGUUAUCAAUUGGAAGCAGCUCAAUCCUGAUGCAGAACACACUGAGCUGCAUUUGGACUAUGCUGAGGAAAAUGUGACAUGGGAUUCCUUAUAUCCUGAAUGGAUUGAUGAGGAAGAGGAAGCUGAAGUUCCCAUUUGCCCAUCUUUGCCGAAGCUACGAGCGCCCGGGAAACGACUCGAUCUGAUCGUCGUUAAACUUCCUUGUCGAAAUGAGGGCAAUUGGUCUAGAGAUGUAGCUAGACUUCACUUGCAGCUUGCAGCUGCUAAUGUUGCAGCCUCUGCUAAAGGAAACUAUCCUGUCCAUUUGCUUUUCAUCACAAACUGCUUCCCUAUACCGAACUUGUUUACGUGCAAGGACCUCGUUGCACGCCGUGGUAACGCGUGGCUGUACCGACCAAACUUGAGCGUGAUCCGAGAUAAACUCCAGCUCCCAAUUGGUUCUUGUGAACUUGCACUUCCCUUAAAGGGCAAAGAGGUUGCAUACUCAGGUAAUGUGCUACGAGAAGCAUAUGCUACAAUCCUCCAUUCAGCUCAUGUUUAUGUCUGUGGAGCAAUCGCAGCAGCACAAAGCAUUCGAAUGUCGGGGUCGACACGGGACCUCGUGAUCCUUGUCGACAAGUCAAUCAGUUCAUAUCACAAGAGUGGCCUAGAGGCAGCUGGUUGGAAAAUAAGAACAAUGGAAAGAAUCAGGAAUCCAAAAGCAGAGAAAGAUGCAUACAAUGAAUGGAACUACAGCAAAUUCAGGCUAUGGCAGCUAACAGAUUAUGACAAGAUCAUCUUCAUCGACGCCGACCUUCUAAUCUUCCGAAACAUCGAUUUCUUAUUCGGAAUGCCAGAGAUUUCAGCAACAGGAAACAAUGGCACCCUCUUCAAUUCAGGAGUAAUGCUCAUAGAACCAUCAAAUUGUACAUUCAAACUCCUAAUGGAUCAUAUCAAUGAAUUCGAAUCCUACAAUGGAGGUGAUCAAGGAUACUUAAAUGAAGUAUUCACAUGGUGGCAUAGAAUCCCAAAACACAUGAAUUUCUUGAAGAACUUCUGGAUGGGUGAUGAUGAAGAAACAAAGCAAAUGAAAACAACGCUAUUUGGGGCAGACCCACCAAUCCUUUAUGUUCUUCAUUACUUGGGAAACAAGCCAUGGAUGUGCUUCAGAGAUUAUGACUGCAAUUGGAAUGUGGACAUACUCCAAGAGUUUGCUAGCGAUGUUGCGCAUCAACGAUGGUGGAAGGUCCACGACCAAAUGCCGGAGCUUCUGCAGCAAUUUUGCUUGUUGAGAUCGAAGCAAAAGGCCCAACUGGAAUGGGAUAGAAUCCAAGCGGAGAUUGGGAAUUACAGCGACGGCCAUUGGAGGAUCAAGGUUAAGGACAAGAGGUUGAAGCGAUGCAUUGAUACAGUGUGUUCUUGGAAAGGGAUGUUGAGGCAUUGGGGCGAGACGAAUUGGACUGAUGAUGAGUCUUAUGCGCCGACGCCGCCGGCUAUCAAGGCCGCCGCCCUCUCUGUUUGAACAAUUUUACGCCAUUUUUGAAGAUUCUGGUUGAUGGGGUUGUGAAAUCUUGAGCCGGAAUUUGAAGAACUGAAUCAAAUUUUUCUCUUUUUUAAUGUUUGAUUUGAAGUGGAUUUAGAUUUA